AUGUGUACAAAAGGAAUCGCACGGCAAGUACUAUUGUUUGCUUUGGUCUUCUUUCUUAGCACCGUCCACGGACAGGUCAGUUACUCUAUUCCGGAGGAGAUGGCUGUUGGCUCUGUGGUCGGUAACAUAGCACAGGAUUUAGGAUUGGAACUGAAAAGACUGAAAUCCGGCAGAGCUCGAGUUUAUGCUGGAGACAGCACCGAAUACAUCGAGCUGAAUAAAGACAGGGGCCUCCUCGCCAUCAAAGAGAGAAUAGACCGAGAGGCAUUAUGCGGCCAGACUACGCCUUGCGCUCUUCACUUUCAGAUUAUUUUGGACAAUCCCAUGGAAUUGUACAGAGUGACUGUAGAGAUUACCGAUGUAAAUGAUAAUGCACCAACUUUCGGAAAUAGCGAGAGACGUUUUGAAAUACUCGAAACAGCAGUGGUGGGAUCAAAAUUCCUAUUGGAUAAAGCGAUGGAUUUAGAUAUUGGCAUCAAUGGCCUUCAACGCUACAUACUAAAACCAACAGAUAAUUUCGCUUUGAAACUACAUAGUCAAGCAGAUAGCAGUAAAAAGGUGGAAAUGAUUUUACAGAAGCCUCUAGAUCGAGAAAAACAAGAGAACAUAUCACUGCUGUUAACAGCAGUGGAUGGUGGAGAGCCCUUAAUGUCGGGGACAGUAAAAAUACACGUCACUGUGCUGGAUGCAAACGACAAUGCGCCAGUUUUCACUAAGGCUGUGUACAAGACCAUUAUAACUGAAAAUUCGCCUAAAGGAACCGUCUUAACCACUGUACGUGCUUACGACCCAGAUAAAGGACUGAAUGGGCAAGUUAACUAUUUAAUUCCCAGUGGUCUUCAUGGUAUGUCCCAUUUGUUCCGUGUAGAUGAAAAUGGCGACGUGAUAUUAGUGGGAGAUAUCGACUAUGAAACAGCCAGGCAUUACGAGAUUGAUGUAGAGGCAGUGGAUAAGGGCGGGCUAUCCGAUUCAUGUAAGAUAACCGUAGACGUUGUUGACGUUAAUGAUAACAACCCGACUAUUAAUAUAAUCUCAAAAUCCACUUCAGUUAAUGAAGACUCAGUCGCAGGCACAGUUAUAGCAAUGGUUAGUGUCAAUGAUCCAGAUUCUGAAAAGAAUGGUCGAGUUCACUGCGUUAUGGGUGAUCACAUCCCUUUCGCUAUUAAAUCAACUUCCAACGGAUUUUAUAGCAUCGUUACUGAGAGUGCAUUGGACCGUGAAACAGACUCCAGUUAUAACAUUAGCGUGACUUGUUCAGAUGAAGGAGUGCCCUCGCUCUCUAGCAGCGUCACUCUCGCUUUGCAGGUGUCUGAUGUAAAUGAUAAUGCGCCUGCUUUUGAAAAAAACUCAUAUGCUGCAACCAUUGUGGAAAAUAACACACCGGGCCUUUCAAUAUUUACUAUUAAGGCUUUAGACGCAGAUUGGAAGCAGAAUGCCCGCGUAUCGUAUAUUUUAGAUGAAUCGUCGACGAAUGGAGUGUCUAUCUCCUCAUAUGUGUCUGUCGAUGCUGAAACGGGGGUCAUUCGUGCCGUGCGCUCUUUCGAUUAUGAGCAGAUGAAGGACUUUGUGUUCCGCGUAAAAGCGCAAGACGGAGGAUCUCCUCCGCUAAGCAGCAAUGUUAGUGUUAAAAUAACUAUUCAAGAUCAGAACGACAACGCACCGCAGGUGCUCUAUCCCGUACACACUAGUGGCUCCCUGGUGGCUGAAAUGGUGCCUCGGUCAGCAGAUGUUGGCUAUCUCGUCACCAAAGUGGUGGCUGUCGAUGUAGAUUCUGGACAGAAUGCCUGGCUCUCUUAUAAACUACAGAAAAUGACGGACAGGGCCUUGUUCGAAGUUGGUGCUCAGAAUGGAGAAAUAAGAACUAUUCGUCAAGUCACUGACAAGGAUGCCGUGAAACAAAAGCUAACUGUUAUAGUGGAGGACAACGGACAGCCAGCUCGCACGGUGACUGUGAAUGUUAAUGUGGCGGUGGCUGACAGCUUCCCUGAGGUGCUGUCAGAGUUCACAGACUUCAUGCAGGAUAAGGAGUACAACGACAACCUGACGUUUUACCUGGUGUUGGCUUUGGCCGUAGUUUCAUUCCUCUUCAUUGUAUCCAUCAUAGCCAUUCUGUCAGUGAAAUGUUACAGAUGGAGACGUGAGAGGAUGUUUUAUAAGUCCAAUGGAAAUCUCCCUGUUAUUCCGUAUUAUCCACCUCUUUACGCGGACGCGGGUAGCACAGGAACAAUGCAACGAGUUUACAAUUACGAGCUGUACAGAACAACUGACUCGAGAAAGAGUGAUGUGAAAUAUGGAGGUCCUUGUAGUCAAAGCAUCAUUAGUCUGGACACGGGUGGAUCACAAACACUUCCUCAUGUGCAGAGAGACAGCAUGAGCACUGAAGACUUUCAAGACCAGCAGUUCAUGCAAAACUAG